AUGGGGGAGUCCUCUUUGUGGGUGCGUCUGCUGCAGCUGCUGCAGCAGACCUUGAAGAGUGCUGCUGCUGCCUCUCUGCGGCGUGUGGUGUUAGGCUCUGUGAUGCAGCGUCUCAGUACACAGCAGCUGCAGGUGGCAGUAGGGGGAGGAGAGGUUUGCCUUCUUGCAGUUGAAGUAGAUGCUAAGACUUUAACAGAGGCAUUGCAUGCAGCAGGAUGGGGCUGUCUUACAGUUGUUAACUGCCACAUAGGCAGCAUUAGUCUUAAACUCCCCCUUACCCUCCGUAUAUCAAGACCUACCCUGGUACUUAAAAUAAAGGAAACAGGUGUACAGGGUCCCCCCUUACAUAUGGUAGCAGGACCCUUACAGGGGUUACCCCUCGUCUUGCCACCAACAGCUACGGCGCGAUUCCAGACAAAAACAGAACCGGCAGCAAAUGCUUCUUCUGCUUCUGCUGCUGCGGUGGGUACGGCGGUUGCUGGUAAUUUACAGAUGCAGCUGCAACAUGUACAGAACAACACAGGGCCCUCCCCGGACGAUUAUUGUCUCCAUCAGGGGCCCCUUUCUACAGCAGCAGCGCCAGCGGGGGAACUACCGACGAGACAAGGAGGGACCUCAAGGGGGGCCCCCAUGGGUACCCACCUUGGUGCAGGCAGGAGCCGUGUAGAGAUGCUGCUUGACUCCCCCACAAACAGUUCUUCCUCCGCACCUGAUGCAACCGCUGCAGCAGUAGCGGCAGCAGCAGCAGGAGGCCCGCAAGUGCAUAGCGGACGCUGUCCCUUCAUUACAGAAGACAGUGCUGCUUCCCGUGGCGGCCCCCCUUCUGCGGGUUCUUCAGAGGCGUGGGGAGCAACUGCAGCAGUCAGCGAGUGGGGGGAGCCUUCCGGGGGACCGUCGCCUUUUACGGGCUGCGCUGGAGACCCCCCAAAGGCUGCAGAGAGGGCCGUAUAUGGGUUAGAGUCUCUGCUCGGGCUGCUGCGCCGCGCACUGCACAGUGCAGCAGGAGCAGCAGACUUGUCUGUGGAGAUAAUCAGUAUUUGCAUAUAUGCAGAAGGCACCUCUCAUGAGAGGCCCCCCAACGUGCCCUACCAGCAUCAUGGGCCCCCGGACAAACACCCGUGGAAGACCACGAAGAGGUCCCCAGCAGCAGAAAGCAGCAUACUAGGGGCCCCAACAAGUGGUGGGUACCUUUUUUCUUCCUCAAGCAGCAAACCGCGACAUAGCCGGCGUCGGCAGCUGCAGCAGUCAAGCGAACCAUUAGAGGCUCCCCGGCUGAACGGGGCUACACCAACUGGCUGUCCCAGGGGCCCCCCUCAAUCCUUGUGGGCCCUGCGGAUACACCUGGAGGGCCUGCGUUGCUGCGAUUCCUUUGAAGGCAGCGCGCAGCUGCAGCUAGGCGGCUGUCAGGUGUCUCUGCUGCCUCCUCUUCCUGCUGCAGCAUUUCAGUCACGAGGGGGAGACAGUUGGUUGUUUGCAGCAGGUCUUCUUCUGCUCUCUACUAGGGCGCCUAACAGCCUUAAUGGCUGGCAAGUACCUCUUCGCGCCUCGGGCCCCCCCCUGCAGCAACCAACAGCAGCAGCAGCAGCAGCAGCAGCAGCAGCAAAGGACGAUGCUGCGCAUAUUGUCGGCAGAGUCGCCCUGCAUGCAGGGCUUGGUUCUGUGACUACCAUGCAAUCAGAAGCCCACAAACGGGAAUGCCGCGCGCUGCUGCGGAGACAGCAGGCAGCAUCGUCGUCUUUUGCUCCUGCUGCUGCUGCAGCAUACCCUCCAGGACCCCUCGCAGCAGCUGCAGCAGCAGCAGCAGCAGCGGAUGUAGGAGAUUGGAGACCCAGUAGGUGCACCUGCGAUGGAUGUCUCAAGGGGACUUGUUGCACCUGGGCAACCAGCAGCGACAGGUGCUGCGGCACGGGCGGCGGUAGCAGCAACAGCAGCGGUGGCAGCAGAAACAGCAGCAGCGAAACAGCAGCACCAGAAGCUGUCUUUGACUAUGGCGUCUGUCUGUCAGUUCCUUUAGUUCUUGUGCUGCUGGGUACCGAGCACCUGCGCCUGCUGCGGCUGAUGGGGGAGACAUUGGGUCUUCAGCAAGGGAUCCCUCUACUUGCAGGGUCUCCCCCUAUCAGUAGCAGCAACUGCAGAAGCAGCUGCAGCAGCAGAUGCAGCAACAGUAGCAACAGCAGCAGAAGCAGCAGCAGGCGUAGCUGCAGCAAAACGUCAAGCCCUCGCGACUCUUCACAGGACCCGUCGUUAAAUUUCUACUCAGCAGCAGCAGCAGAGGGGGAAGUAGCAGAGGCUUCGCUGCAAGGCGUCACUUGUGAGCAGCCCUUAAACAGCAGCAGCAGCAGAACCAGCAGAAGCAGCAGCAGUAGCAGCAGCAGAAGCAACAACAUUGACAGUUGCAACCCUGGCAAGAAUAUCUUGACUUCGAGUGUAGUGGCUUCGACGAGGUCGCAAAAGGGGGCCCCCAGGGAGGCCCCCACUGGGUCCCCUCGGCCAGCAGAUUUCUUUUCCCGUGCUGUCGCUGAAGGGGAAGAUAGUUGUUACCCUGGGGGCCUUUCGCAGUCCGGGGUGCCCUCAGAACCCGAGGGGGCUCCCGAUGGGGCCCCCAAAGGGGGCCCAGCGGAGCAGCGGGAAAUCCCAUGGUGGCGGCGGGCUACUGGCUUUUGCUCUUUAGGAGGCGGAGGAAAUAUCGAUUUGGGGAUCGGAUCCCAGCAGGGGGUUGAGGAUCCAGAGGAGACGGAACUGCCGCUGGGGGGAGAGGUGUUUCCUCUUCCGCUUACGGAGCAGCAGCUGCACCAGCUGCAGCAACAGACGGAGCUACCGCAGCAACAGCAGAAGGAAUGGCAACAGCUACACCAUGACCUGCAAUGCAGGCUGAUAGAAGAACAAGAGAUGCACCUCUCGCAGGAAGAUGAGCAGCAGCUGCAGCAGCUGCAGCAUCACCAUCGUCAGCAGCAGCAAAACAACAGUUGCCCCUGGAGUGGAGAUAGAGCAACAGCACAGAUACGCUCGCAGCCGCGGACAGGAGCAGGCGAAUGUCAGCCCAUCUGGAGGUCGUCGGAGAUGCUGCAGCAGCAACUGCAGCAGCAGCAACUGCAGCAGCAGCAACUGCAGCAGCAGCAACUGCAGCAGCAUCCAGGAAGCGUGGCACGGCCUUGCAGUCGCAAUGCGGCCUCUCCUUCUGGCGCGGCUUCUGUUGCUGCUUCUGGUCCUGCCGGUGCCGCUGCCGCUGUGGCUGCUGCUGCUGUCGGGGAUGGUUCCUUUGCUUCUUAUAUGCCUGCCUUCGAAAAGAGCUGCGCAACGUCAACGUGUCUUGGACGUGGCGGAGCACCAGCAGCAGCAGCAACCUGUUUAGGCUCAAAUGGCACAGCAGCAGCAGCAGCAGCAACGCCUGCUGCCACUCCUGGUCCUCGUGCGUCUUUCGCUGUAAGCGUAGCCGUAGAUACAGUGGCUCUUCAUUUCGUUAGCAGCAGCAACUUCUGCCCGCUGCUGGUACCUCAUGGUGGCCUGCCUGGGCCCCCCUCAGCUUCUUCUUGCCUUUCGCGGGGGGGCUACAGUGAGGGGCCCCCUGGGGUAACGUCUGAUGCAUUAGGGGAGUGUGCGAAUGUUGCAGCUGCUGCAGUGCAGCAGCAACAGCACCAGCAGAUUCAUCGGGACGACUGGGGUGGCCCCCAGGGCCCCCUUGACUCCUUAGCAGCAACCACGCAAGACUUUGCUGAUGUUGCAGCUGCUGCUGCUACUGCUGCUUCUACCACCUCAGGUCAAUUGUUUGGAAGGGGGGGCCCCUGCAGUCUCUUGUGGGCCCCAUUGCCUUCUGCUCAUAUUGUGUCUCUGUUUGUCUCUGGUUUGUCUGUCUCUGUACUCUCGCCCAGCAGCAGCAGCUGCUGCAGCAGCUCCUGCGGUAUGCGUGCUGCUGGAUGUGAUGGACCGGAAGCACGGCUUCUGAACGGAGUGCCAGCAGCAGCAGCAAUAACAGAAGCAGGACGACGAGGGGCCCCUCGGGUUCUAGUCCCAGGGCAGGUAUCUUCUCUGACCAUGUUGACCCAGCAUCAACAGCAUCAACAGCAGCAGCAACAGGUGCCGCUGCACGUCCUACAGAGUGUGGUCUUUGUGGGCGAGUGGGCCCUUCAGUUUCAUGAGGCGAAACCCACGGGGGCCCCUGCGGUAGGCGCACAGGCAGCAGAUGCAGCAGCGGCCCCUGGGGGGCCCCUAGCGCGUGUAUGGAGUUACCUGCAGCAGAUCAAACCGCCGGUACCUGCGGAUCAGGAAUCAAGUGCGGCCGCAGCAGGAGCAAUAGCAGAGAGAGCUAUUUUUGCCACUAAUCGUGCCGCUGCACCUUUCGCGAAAGAAGAGGUGGAAGGAGAAGCAGCAGCAGCAACUGAGUCCGAGGUUUCCCUGCUUCUUGAGCCAGCAGAUGCUGCUGCUGCUGCUUUUCCAGGCACACCUUCGCCGGACUUCAGCAGAAGCAGUGAUGCAUUAAGCAGCAAGUGCAGCAGCUGCAGCAGUAAGUGCAACAGUAAGUGCAGCAGCAGCAGCAGCAGCAGCAGUGGCAGCAGCAGCAGCAGCAGCAGUGGCAGCAGCAGCAGCAGCAGCAGCAGCAGGCGCAGCAGCCAGAUUAGCUGCUGCAACACCAGCGCAGACCUCGAGGAAGGAGGAGGCCCCGAGCCUCUGUGUGGGGCCGUUAAAGGAGAAGCUGUAGCUGGUAGUUCGCAGGAAACCUCAACAUUAGCAGCAGCAGCAGCAGCAGCACACAGCAGCAGCAGCAACUGCAGCCGCAGCAGCAGCCGCAGCAGCAAUCCUGGAAGCAGCAGGGAACAAGCAACAUUGCAGGGAGCCAGCAAACGCUCUUCCUGCGUGAAAGAGAAGGGAAAGGGAGCAGCAAGUGAUGAAACAGGCGACAGCAGGAGCAGCAGCCCCAGCUGCAUGAGGUGCAGCAGCAGCAACAACACCAGCAUCAAGAGCAACAGCGGCAGGAACAGCAGCAGCAGAAGCGACAGCAACAGCAGCGGCAUUGCCCCUGAUGAGUGCUCUAGGGGCCGACGACAGCGUAAAGGCAAGAAGGCAUUAGCAGCAGCAGCUAGACUCCCCGCAGCAACAGCAGCACCUCCACCACCACGAGCGGCAGCAGCAGGCAGAGGAACUGUUGACCGGCCUAGCGGUGUAAAGGCUUCUGGUGGACGGAAGGCGCGUGGUGCAGCAGCAGCGGCAGAGCCAACCACACCAGCAGCAGCGGCAGCAGAAGGGCUAGCUGUUGGAGGGAGAGGCAGCCUAAAAGGGAAGCGUGCUGCUCGCAAGGAGGGUUACUCGAAUGGUGAAGCAGUAGCAGCAGCAACGGUAGCAACAACAGCAGCAAUAACAGCAGCAACAGCAGCAAAGGGGCAGCACCAAGGGAAGGUGACGCUGCAGCUUCGUGGGAUUGCUCCCGAUCCUGGCAGCAGCUGCAGCAGCUGCAGCAGCAGCAAGUUCUUGUCUCCUCAGGGCAGCAGUACACCUCCCGGGGGCCUGUCGGAAGCAGCAGAAUUUCCAGUAAAAGCAGCAGCAGCACCACCAGUAGCAGCAGCAGCAACAGCAACAGCCGGGAGAAAGGGUAAAGGGAAGAGGCUGUCAACCCACGGGGCAAAGCAGCCCAAGCUUGAUAUUGGGCAGGCGGCUGCAGCAGACACAGCGGAAGUAGAAAAUAACACUGCUGCUGCUGCUGCUGCUGCAGCUGCUGCUACUGACGAAGGCGAGCCGCUGGCUGCUGCUGUGCAGUGUACGGACAGCGACUGCGACAUAUUGGGCAGCAUGUUGGGAGGCGAAGUGCUAGACGACCCCCUGAACACCUUCUCCAUGGCAGAACAGCAGCAACAGCAGCAGCAGCAGGAACCGAAGUGCGAGCAGCAACAGCAGCAAGACGUACACAUGUAUGCGCCAGGAGGACUUGAGAUAAUUGCAGAGGCUCUUGACAACAAGCAGGAGCGGGAUAGGGAGGCAACGACCACAGCAGGAGCAGCAGCAGCAGCACAGGUACAAACUGCAGCAGCGCAACUACCUGUACUUGCUUCUGACCCUGCUCCUGCGUGUGUUUCUUCUCGCCAGCCGGUGAUGGGGCCAUCGUUUGUUGCUGCUCCCUCAACCCUUUGGAGCAUCGGAGCAGCAGCUGAGCUGCCAAGCAGGAGCAGCACAACCAACCGCAGCAGCAGCAGCAGCUUCGGCUGGCAGCAGAGGGCUGUACCCGCACUAAAAGAAUUGACAGAAGCUUUAGAGGAGGCGACAAGUGGAGGGGCCCCCCAAGUGUACCCUGUAGAAUACAAGACUCAUUUGCUACUCUUUGGAGCUUGGCGGGAGGCAGCAGCAAGUAGGAGCAACCGUGCUGCUGCUGCUGCUGGUGCUGCAGCAGGAGCAGGAGAGCGUUCGGAAGGGAGAUGUUCCAGAAGAUCCAAGCACGGCACAGGGCUGCAUUCUUCUAGGUGCCUCAGCAAUAGCAGUAGCAGCAGCGGUUGCAGCUGCAGCUGCAGCAGCAGCAGCAGCGGAAGCGAGUACAGCGCCAGCAGCAGCAACAGUCUCAUGGGGUAUAGAAGAAAAGGAACCUCUCGCUUGAGAUGGAGGGGGCCCCACACACGCUGCUGCUGCAGGGAGGAGGCAGCCGCAGGGUGGGCAGAGUGCACAGAGCAGUUUCCUGCUGCUCCUUUCGGCAGCUGCCGCUCCUACAGACGCCGCAGACACAACAGCAGCAGCAGCAGCAGCACCAGGGCAGCAAAGUUCGUGAAGGUGCCGGAAGAGUUACAGAGGGCAGUCCAUGAGGGGGUUUAUAUGGUUCCUCUUUGUGCCCCCACAGAGGGCGUACCUGCACACAGAGGUGCAGCAGCAGCAACGAGAACAACAGCAGCAACAGCAGCACCAAGGGACGUUCUGAAGACGCGGCAGCUAUCCAGUUGUAACGGAGAGGGGGGGCCCUCUAAAGGGAUACAGGCAGGCAGGAGUGACUCUCAUUCUGCUGCUGCAGUUGCUGCAGCAGCACAGAAACAGCCCCUUGCUUCUCUUAGAGUCUCCUAUUUUUUCUCGCCGCUGCAGCUCAACGGGGGUCCCCUCCAGUGUACAGACGCUUCGGCAGUGAGCCCCUACCUAACAGGGGGGGGGGCCCACACACCGGAGGCCAUGGUGCCACCACCAGCAGCAACAGCAGCCGCAGCGGCAGCAUCGGCACCACUAUCCCCAAUAGCAGCAGCAGCAGCAGCAACAGCAACACCAGCAGCAACAGGAUGGAACGUUCCCGUAUUGAGUGCUGCUCAACCUCCACUGCAGCCGAUGCUGUCGGACACAGCAGCACCGGUAACAAAAGCAGCUCCUGCUGCUGCUGUGGCUGCAGCAGCAGCUAGUGCUGCAGCAGCAGCAUGGGCUGAUCUAAGGCUAGAAGUUGUCAUCGGCCACCUGCCCCUUCAAAUCCUAGGAGAUAUUUUGCAGGUCUGUGAUGCUGCAACAGCUGCUUUCUUGCCAUCUCCUGGUGCAGCAGAAGCAGCAGCAGCAGCAGCUGCUGCUGCUGGAGAGCUGUCAUUGCAGCCUACUGUAGACAGACUUCCUAUUUGCUUCGGCCUCUCCCUCCCCUGUCUGCGCCUUCUUGUUGGUGAUUUUGACAGUUCAGAGACAGCAGCAGCAGCGGGAACAGUAACAGCAGCUGCAGUGCAGGAGCGUGAAGUGCUGGAUCUGCAGGACUCGCUGCAUGACGACAGAUAUUUGGAGGAGAGACUACUUGGCAGUGCCAGCAGCAGCAGCAGCACACUCACCAGCAGCAACAGCAGCAGCAGCAGCAGCACCAAAAGCAGAAGUUGCUUACUUUUGGAUGUAUGCGCCGUCAAGGCGACCUACUGCCCAGGCCGAAUGUUCUGGGGGGAAGACAGCAGCAGCAGCAGCAGCAGCGCAGAUAGCAGAUGCAUCCGCGACAGCAGUACUAGCUGCCCUGCAGCAGCGUUGGACUCUUCUGGAUCCUAUCACUCGUCCUUGUUGCUGCAGCAGCACAUUCGUUGUUUCUUGCUCUACCCCCGAAAGCAGCAGCAACAACAAAUACAGCAGCAGCAGCAGCAAAUACAACAGCAGCAACAACAAAUACAGCAGCAGCAUCCUUGGAUGUAUAGGCUUUUAUUUUCUACGUGCGUCCCCAGCGACUCCGCCAGAGACUCAUCGAGGGUUCCUUUAGAGGGGGGCCCCCAGCGGGGCCCUCUACUAGGGAGCCCUAGGGUACAGGGAACCCCUGCGGCCCCCGUGUACCCAGGAGGCCCCCCGCUGCAGCAGCCGCGCGCGGUGGUUCCUCUCGUUAUGAUGCUGACAACACCAGCUCCCUCCUUCUCUUACGUCUGCCUCAGCCAGCCAACCCAAAUAGCUGCUGCUGUUGCACCAAAUGCUGUUGCUGCUGCUGCACCCUGUGCUGCAGCAGCAACUCCAACAGCAACUGCUGCAGCAGCCCACGAGGUCACCAAGGAAGCAGCAGGAAGGUUUACGGACGGUUUGCAGCUGCAACAGCAGCAACAACAGCAACAGCAACAGCAACAGCAACAGCAACAGCAGCAGCAAGGGGAGCAGCAGUUGUGUGAAGUGGUGUCUCUUCAUGUCCCCUUUGUUGAGGCCUUCAUUGAUUCAGAGUUAGCUGCCCCUCUAGGGUCUUUGCUGCAGUCCCUCUUGUUUGCAUGCAGCACCUUUAGCAGCAGACAAGACACACAAAUUGUUACAGCAGGGCAGCAGCAGCUGCUGCUGCUACAGCAGCAGAUGCAGAUGCAGCCGCUAUGGAGACGCCUACUGGAGACACCCGGCAGCAGCGCCAGCGUCUCUUUAGGGGCGUUGUCGCUAGACUGCUGCCUGCAGCGCAACAGCAGCAGCAGCAGCAGCAAUCUGGCGAGUUGCCUUUGUAGAACCCUAUCGUCUACCGAGCCUUCUGCAGCAAAUGCAGCAACAGCAGCAGCAGGAGCGUGUUUCUGCAGGUGCAGCAGCUGCUCCAUUGGUGUGUAUGUUGAGUUGGGUCGUUUUCUUUGCUCUCUGUCCUGUGCGCGUGGCAAACCAGCAGCAGCAGCAACAACAACAGCAGCCGAUACCUGCAGCAACCGAUUGUUGGGGUCUCUCUCCUUAGGCAGCAUAGCAGCAUUCAGCUCUUCAGAGCCGGUGUUAUACACCUGGAGGGCCUCUUUAUAUCAGGGCUGCAGCUCUUCGCGAGAUGCAGCAGCAGCAGCUGCUGCUGCUGCUGCUGCUGCUACUCCUGCAGCAGCAGACAGCCGUGGGGCUCAACCUGAUUCAGCUGCUAGCAACCCACAUUCCCUUCCCGCGCAGGAGAGAGACAGUGUCCUUUCAGUUCUUUUAGGUUCAAGAAAUAUAAGGGGCGAAAACUGCAGCAGCAACAGCAGCAGCUGCUGCAGGAAUUUGGUAUCUGUAGAGAGUGCAGAGGUCAAUGCUGAGUGCCUCGUGGGUGUCUGCAGCACGCGGGCAUUAGAAGGAGCAGCGGCGUGUCUUACUCUCAUAGAACAGUGUCUACUGGCAGCAACAGCCUCUCGGCAACAGCAGCAGCUGCUGCUGCUGCAACAGCAGCAGCAGCUACUGCUGCUGCAGCAGGGGGAAGAACUAUCACUUUCUUUUGAGGCACUGCGGUUGAAGGGCAGCAUCUCCCAGAGUUUGCUGCUGCUGCCGCGUCCAUAUGAGGCCUUGAACGAUUCAGCAGCCCCACCAGCAGCAACAGCAGAAGCAGCAGCAACAGCAGAGGCAGCAGCAUCAGCAGCUGCAGAAGCAGUGGGGGGUGUGCGUGAGGAGGAAGAGGGCACCGAGGGCCCCCAACUGAGGGGGCACCCUCAGACAUCCUCUGUUGAUUUAGAGGGGGCAGGGUGGCUGGCAGUUCUGCAUAUAAAAGCGCUGCGCAUGGAAGCCCGGCACCAGCAGCAGCAGCAGGAGCAGCAAUCCGUUGGAAUGGAUCAGGAUGCUUUAGAGGCAAGGGGUACAGCAACAGGAGCAGCAGGCGGAACAGCAGCUGCAGCUGCAGCAUCUGCAGCAGUUGCAGCUGCAGCGGCAGCAGCAGCUGCAGCAGCAGCAGCAGCAGGGCUGCACAUAGGGUUUCACUGCAGUUCUUUAGAGUUAUAUCUAUUGGACGAAGGGACGCGGCUGUGUCGCUGUGCUGCAGCAGCAGAUGAUGACGUGUGUCUGCAGCAGCUUUCUCUCUUUCCUUUGCCUUCUCCUCUAAUUCGUAGACCCUUUCUUGCUGCUGGGGCCCCAUGGGAGGCCCAUGCUGCUGCAGCAGGUUGCUUUUGCUGCUGCAGCUGCGGAGGCUGCAGAAGCAGCUGCAACUGCAGCAACGCAUGGCGAGGCGACCACAGAGUCACGAGCUGCCUGAACGACGGGUGUCGGACAGCCACAACAUCUGCAGCAGCAGCAGCAGCAGCAGCAGCAGCAAGUCACAAGGCCCCAUUGCCUGCUCUUGUCUUUAGGGCAGACGCAGCAGCACCGCUGCUGCCCCGUUGUGGUUUGGUGCGUUGGUUGUUUGCUGACGAUCUGUUUUGUUCUCUGCAUCUUCCUGCAGCAGCAACAGCAGCAGCAGCUGGCAGCAGCAGGACGGCACCAGGACCGCUUAGGGGGCUGCUGCGGUGUGGGGAAGUUGCUGCUUCCGUCUCGCCCGACAGUCUGCGGUGUCUGCUGCUGCUGUCUCUUGACCUGCAGUGUCUCCUCUUAAGGCAAGAGGCCCCUGCUACUGUUAAGGGACUAGUGGAUGCAUGGGGGCGACUGCAGCAAGCAGCAGCAGCGGCUGCUGCUGCUGCUGACAUUCCGCCGCCUGUUCCUGCAUGUGCUGUUCCUGCAUCAGAAGCAUCAGCAGCAGCUGCAAUGCAUGCAGAUGAGGUAGCAGCAGCAUCUAUGCAUGACGAGAUAUUUCGGGAGAGACAGUCGAAGGGAAUUCUAAAACGGCAUAACGAUGAGCAGCAGCAGCAGCAACAGCAGCAGCAGCAGCAGCAGCAGCAAACAAAUGUGCUGGAUGGUGUAGAUUUUAGCGCCUUUCUCUUUGAACAAGGAAACAGCAAGCGGACAACCGCAGAGGGGCCCCCAGGGGCCCCCGUUUCUGAUCUGUACCCUGCUGUUGCCCUCCCCGCCUUUAUUUCGACUUCAGCAACCCCCUCUGUAUCAGCAGCCGCAGCUGCAGCAGCAGCAGCAGCAGAAGCAGAUGAUCUUUCUCCUGCGGAGACGCUCACGCAGUCCAGCUCCUCUUCCAUGAGUGACAACGAUACUGCUACACCUGCUGCUGUUGGCGCAGCAGCAGCAGCAGCAGCAGCAGCAGCAACAAACAAAGCAGCGGCUCCCGGUGGUGCAGCGAGAUUAAAGGAGGCGCUGAAAUCUGCAUCGGCAGCAGCAUCAGCAGUAGCUGCUGCUGCUGCUGCUGCAGCAACAACAGCAGCAGCAGCAGGGCAUGCAGUGGAUAGCGACGACUCCGAGUCCUCAUGGGAAGCAGCAGAAGGAGAUGAUCCUUUAGGUGUAUACGCACCUCGCCGCAGCAGCAGGGCCCCCGUGUCUUGUACAGCAGCAGCAAUAAGAGAAAUGCAAGAUAUAGAAGCAGCAGCAAGACAGCAUGUUGCAGCACUCUUUAAACAAGACAGAGAGGAGGGGCCCCAGGGGGGCCCGUCGGAGCCUUCCUCUGCUGCUGCUUCUGCGCCCCUGCUGCAGAACCAACCAGACGAGGACGGGACGCAAACUAGCAGCAGCAGCAGCAGCAGCGGUGUACGUAUGGGUGUAUCGGUGACAACGGAGGAUUACUUUAAGCCACCACCUGCUGCUUCUUCUGGUGCAGCAGCAGCAGCAGGAGUAUCUUCUGCUGCUGCUUCUCUCUUGGGUCCUCCUUAUUUCUUUGAUUCUUCUGCUUCGUUCCUAAGCAGUGGCAACGAAGAUACCCUAUGGAGUCUUCCCUUUGGUUGUACAGCGGAGAUAGAGGGUCCUCCGUUGGGGGCCCCCCUGUGUGGUGCCGCGCCUGUUGGGACACCAUCUCCAGUGGGAGGGGCCCCCCAAUGGGGGGGCCCCUGGGGUACUGUACUGCAGCAGAGAGGUCGUUAUGAAGAUCCUGAGACCGGUAUUGAGGAGCAAAUACAACAGCAACAGUACGUUCAACAGGUUCAACAGGUUCAACAGAUGCACCAACAGAUACAAUACAUGGGGAAGAAGGCACAGGGACAGGUACAUAUGCAGCAGCAGCAGCAGCAACAACAACAACAACAACAACAACAACAGCAACAACAGGUACAGAUGCAGCAUGAGGUUCCGUAUUAUAAGGUGCAACAACAGCAGAAGAAACAGGUUCAGCAGCAACAGCAGCAACAGCAGCAACAGCAGCAACAGCAGCAACAAUUGGAAUAUGAGGUGGAUAUAACAGUAUUACCAUUUGCUAUUUCUUUAGAUCAAUUUACAUUAGAUGCUUUUUUAUCUUUUGUACAACAAACAUUAUUAGCAGGAGCAGUAGAGUUGCAGCCUUCUUUGCUGUUGCUGGAGGAUGGGUUGCUGCCGCAUGCAGAUGAUGCUGCAGCAGCAGCAGCUGCACCUGCAGCAGCAACAGCAGCACCAGCAGCAGCAUCAGAUUCAUCGGUCGAGGAGGAGGAGAGGAGGGACCCCUGGUUUGAAGGUAUAGAGAUGGCUGUCCCUCCUCAAGUCCUUUGUGACGUCUCUUCCUUCAGCAGUUUAUUCAAUAAAUUUGCUGCUCAUUGGCUGGCCUGUCUUAGCAGGUACGUGCUGCAGCAGAAGCAGCAACAGCAACAGCAACAGCAACAGCAACAGCAGAAGCAGCAACAGCAACAGCAGAAGCAGCAACAGCAACAGCAGCAGCAGUAG